ACUCAUCAUUACCGGAAGCGGCAUUGCGCAGAAACACUGUGUCACAAAAACUCGAUAUUUAUAACAAUGGAUGAUGAAUCUGAAACCUACAAGCUAUGGAGAAUAAGGAAAACAAUUAUGCAGCUGUGUCAUGACAGGGGCUACCUGGUAACACAAGAUGAGUUGGACCAAACUUUAGAUGAGUUCAAAGGACAGUUCGGUGACAAACCUAGUGAAAGGAAGCCCAGUAGAAGUGACCUCAUUGUUCUGGUUGCCCAUAACGAUGAUCCAACAGAUCAAAUGUUUGUGUUUUUUCCCGAGGAUGAGAAAGUUGGAAUCAAGACAAUCAAGACGUACUGUCAACGCAUGCAGGAAGAAAACAUCACACGGGCCAUAAUCAUUGUGCAGAUUGGAAUGACCCCCUCUGCAAAACAGGCUCUGGUUGACAUGGCCCCCAAGUACAUCCUAGAGCAGUUCCUGGAAUCAGAGCUGCUCAUCAACAUCACAGAACACAUGCUUGUACCUGAGCAUGUUGUGAUGACCCCAGAAGAGAAACAGGAGCUGUUAGACAGAUACAAACUCAAGGAAUCUCAGUUACCCAGAAUCCAACAGGGAGAUCCCGUGGCGCGAUACUUUGGUUUGAAACGUGGACAGGUGGUGAAGAUUAUCCGACCCAGUGAGACUGCAGGGCGCUACGUCAGCUACAGGUUGUGUAUAUGAGACACUGGUGGCCGUGGUGGACUUGAAGUUAUUGUGGAAACUCUUGCAAAAUGUGGCAUUGAUAUCACAGACAAUAGGCAGGUUGCGUGCUUGAACAAGACAUUGACAAGACAAAUGUGAAGUAGCAUUGAUUAGCUGGUUGAUAUUUGCUUGUGAUAAUGUCACUUGUUAAGUUGUUUUUAUCCCCAGCCAUAGGCAGAGGGAUAUUGUUUUGGCGUUGUCCGUCCGUCUGUCCUUCCGUCUGGCACUUUUGUGUCCGGAGCCAUAUCUUGGAAGUGCUUUGGCGGAUUUCAUUGAAACUUGGUAUGAGUAUAUAUAUAUAAGAGGAUGAUGCACACCAAAUGGCAUUGUACAUCAUUUGUUAAUACAUGUAACAGAGUUAUGGCCCUUUGUAUCUUGAAGAAAUGCUUUUUUUGUGUCCGGAGCCAUAUCUUGGGAAUGCUUUGGCGGAUUUAAUUGAAACUUGGUACCAGUAUAUAUAUGGAUAAGAGGAUGAUGCACGCCAAAUGGCAUUGUACACCAUCUGUUAAUAACGGAGUUAUGGCCUUUGUAUCUUGAAAAAAUGCUUUUUUUGUGUCAAAUAUAACAUUUUUGUGUCCAGAAGCUUAUUGGCGGGGGAUAUCAAUUCAACAAAUUUGCUUGUUGAUACUGUGUUGCGUCUUAACUUCCUGGAUUCAAAUGUUUUUGAUUGUUUUUCUAAUUUUAUAAAGAAAUCAGUGGGUAGAUAUACUUUUGUAUUAAGAAGCUAUGUUAUUGAUUGAUUUUGUUACAGUUGAAAACACUUUUGCUGAGGAUAGACAACCCAUCCCUUUAUUCACCAUUCAUUUCAAAAUUGUCUUUCCCUGUUCAUGAAAAAACCUUUCAUUUGUAAAUAAAUCAUGUUGAUGGUCA